AUGCGUUUACGCCAACUGCAGGUAAUACACCGUCAUGGCGACCGUACACCAUUGAUAAACAUUUUUCGGGGAAGCACCGAUGCGCGAGACGAAGAAGCGGAGGUAGAGCUCUGGGGGCGUAAGCUACCUCUACCACCUCAGGUCACUCAACUCCGUUCCAAGUAUGAGGUUCACACAAACAGCGAAGCUCAGACCUCGUUUCAGCAACGGCCAUUCGGAUACCUAACGACUCGAGGUAUUGAACAAAUGACGAAUCGUGGUAAUUGGCUGCAAGGAUUCAUUGCGAAAGAGGAAGUGGGACUGAAUAACGUCACGUCCGAGCAGAUGCAGAUCUUUAGCAAUGCGUACACACGCACUCAACUAAGUGUACAGGCGCUACUAGGCGGAAUGCUGACGGAUCAUCCUCAAGUGAUACCUCAAAUAAGUGUGCUGCCUCCGGAUCGAGACAUUAUUAACACGUAUCAAAUAUAUCCGGAAAUUAUGAGAAUCAAAUCGGACUUGGUGAAUGACAACGAAGAAUUUGCUGCUCGGGAGCACGAAAUGACUUUAGUUAAACAGGAGCUGUCGAGACUCCUUCCAGCUGUCGACUCCGGUCAAAUUCCAUUCAGCUGGUUACAAGCUGCUGACUACUUUAUUUGCCGUCGCGCUCACCACGUUCCAUUCAUUUCUGGUACUGAAGUGCACGGCAAAGCCACUGAAAGGCACCUAAAAUAUCGUUUCCAUCAGUUCUACUCGCAUCGAACGAUAUUAAAACUUGUGGCCGGUCGCUUAAUGCACAACGUGCUUCACGAGAUGCAAAAGCUUAGGUGGGAUCAUUUGCAAAGCAAGAAGAUUACUAUUUAUAGCGGACAUGACGUGUCGCUGUUGUCAAUUCUCCGAGCCAUGGAUGCAGGUAUUGCAAAGGAAAUAAGCUAUUGGCCCGAAUAUUCGUCAGCACUUGCAUUAGAGUUGCUAGAAGAUGAAAAAGGGAUAUUUUACGUACGAGCUCAACUCAAUGGCGAACCACUUGCCAUGGUUGAUGCUCCAGAUGGGCUCAUCUCAGCUGAUUAUUUUUGCGACUUAGUCACAGAUCGUAUCGGAACCCACUCGAAAUAA